AUGGACUCAGAAAAUAUGGAAUCUGGUUGUGUAGAAACGGAGAGUAUGGAGACGGAAAAUAGUGAAUCGGAAAGCAUGGAAACUGAAACAAUCUCAUCAGUUUCUGCAGUACAAGCACUCUCUAAAUUGCUAUUUCCAGAAGAUGAAGAGGACGAGUUCUACACUGGACAGCCAUCACAUUCCAUUUCAUCAGGAAAUAUGAAUCCAGGACAUAUUGGGGCACACCAAAUUGAAGAAAUUAAAGUUUUCUCUGAAAAGAACAACAAUACUGUUGAGGAGAUCUGGAAUCCAGAUGAAAUUCCAGAGAAAGUAAACUUUGAUGAUUUUUGGGAUGGCAGAGAAAUGCCUGAGUAUGAGAUUUUAUUUAAGCAACAAGUGGGAACUGAAGAUGUGUUCCUUGGAUUGACCAGGAAGGAUUCAUCAACCGCCUGUUGUGAAGAUCUUGUGGUGAAAAUUAAAUUGCCAGAAACAAACACUUCAGAUAUUAUCAUUGAUGUUCAGGAAAGGACCCUUGAUCUUCGUACUCCUGAUAAGAAGCUGUUGGUAACACUUCCUCAUCCUGUGGAAUGUAAUACUGCUAAAGCAGUCUACGUCCUUGAAGAUGGCAUCCUCGAAGUGACCAUGACCAUGAAAAGAGAGUUAGACUUUGUGAAUUUCUUCUAAUAGUGCCUAGAUAAGGAGAAAGGUCAGAAAAAGGCACUAAUAAAUUGGAAAAAAAGAAAAAUGUGUUUAAUGUUUUCUAUUCUCUCUUUAUUAUUUUGACAUAUUUCAGAA